AUGAAGACUUCACUACUUCUGCUGCUCUCUUUCAGUGGAAUUACACUUUCUAAACCUAUCAACCAAGUCUUCUAUGAUGCAGGAAGUAACCGCCAGGUUGUCAUACAAGACCAGGUGUUUGACGUGCCCUCUAACCCUCAACCCGGUUUCAAUCUAAACCUGGAUGAACUCCGGCUAGUUCAGCUAUCAGAAGGUCAGGAACCGGUAUGGAUGACAGAACUUGAGAAGAUUGAGGCUAAAGCCAAAGGGCUUCGUUUCUUCGACAUCACAGAUAAUCGCAAUCUCGGUUCGUCUGCUGACUUCCGCGUCGCGACGAAAACUUCAUACCCGCCGCUGAGCGCUCAUGAACAAGUCACCAAAGUCAUCAAGACGCUGUCUACCGAGGGUCCAAGGGCAAACUUGGAGAAGUUCUCCAGCUUUAGAACGAGAUACUAUCGUAGUGAGACAGGCAAGGAAAGUCAACAAUGGCUACUGUCCAAGAUCAAUGAAGUUACCGCGGAUUUCGCAUCGCCUUCGUUGAAGUCUCUAAUCAGCAUCGACGAGUUCCAUCAUCCUUGGGGACAGCAUUCGAUUAUUGUCAGAAUCAACGGUUCCGAUGCAGCAAAUGAUCAGAUUGUCAUUCUUGGUGCUCACCAAGACAGUACAAACUUGUGGCCAUUCCUUGCUGCCCCUGGUGCUGAUGAUGACGGAUCGGGGAGUGUAACCAUCCUGGAAUCAUACCGUGCACUCCUGGCAUCUGAUUUCCACCCAAUUCGGCCUGUUGAGUUCCACUGGUAUUCCGCUGAAGAGGGUGGUCUUCUUGGUUCACAGGCUAUCGCUCAGCACUAUGAAGCCCAGGGUUUGAAAGUUUACGCAAUGAGCCAGUAUGACAUGACAGCAUGGGUAAAGAGAGGUACAGUUGAGGAAGUUGGUGUAAUUGUAGACUAUGUGGAUUCAGCCUUGACGGAGUUCAACCAAGGGUUAAUUACUGAAUAUCUGGACAUACCAUUUGUUGAAACCAAAUGUGGAUAUGCUUGUUCCGACCAUGCUCCUUGGAGCAAAGCGGGAUAUCCUAGCAUCUUUACCAUUGAGGGGGCUUUUGAGAAUUCAAAUCACAGGAACAUUCAUACCGCUAACGACCGGAUUGAUAUCUCGGAUGAGUUUAGCUUCUCACAUAUGUUGGAAUUUUCUAAAUUGGCUGUGGCCUUUGCCAUCGAGCUCGGAGGUUAG